AUGUCCGAAGGCAGAGAAUCCCCCGAACCCGAGCGCCAGUCCGGUGCUCAGCUGCACGACACCAUGGGUCAAGGUGUCCACUCAAAGGACAAGUCCUCCAAGCAGGUUGAAGAGUCGUCCAAGUCGCAAACAGAGAACCUCUCCUCUAACCCGCGCGGACCAAUGGAGGAUGCCGUUGAGAAGAAGUUUUCAAAGGGCCCAGGGAACAAGACGAGUUAG